GCCGGGCUGUUGCCGGAAGCGAGCCGGCGGCUGUGGCGCCGGAAGUGCUGCCCGUGUGACGCUGGUCCUCGGUCGGUGGUCCCCUGCGAGCGUGGGACAGAAAUGGCGAGCACAGCUGCGCCUGCUCCCUCUGCGCCCGCCCAGGCCCAGUCUGCGGAGCAGCUUCGGCGCCUGGCGGCGGAGCUGCGUCUGCUUGCGGCCCAGGUGCGGGUGGGCGAGGCCCGGGAGACGCCCGAGGAGUUCGAUCGGGAGAGGUUCUGGAGAAGACUCAAUGAGGCGGCAGUGACAGUGGCCGGGCAAGCCACGACUCUCACAGCAGUCUUUCGAACACCGCUGCCCGCUGCACAGGAAACCCAGGCCGUCUGUGAGCAAGUCCAUGCAGCCAUCAAGGCACUUACUGCAGUAUACUAUUCACUUCCCAAGGACCAGGGGAUCACCCUGAGAAAGUUGGUACGGGGCAGCACUCUGGACAUCGUGGACGGCAUGGCUCAGCUGGUGGAAGCCCUUCUCAUUGCUCCAGCUCAGAGCACUGAGAACAGUGACCUUAUUUCCUACAACAGUGUCUGGGUUAUGUGCCAGCAGGUACCUCAGAUACCAAGAGAUAACAAAGCUGCAGCCCUUUUAAUGCUGACAAAGAGUGUGGAUUUUGUGAAAGAUGCACAUGAAGAAAUGGAGCAGGCUGUGGAAGAGUGUGACCCUUACUCUGGACUCUUGAACGAUUCUGAGGAAGACAGCCGCAAUGAUGAGGAUGUGUUGGGGUUUCCGAGCAAUCGGGACGUGUAUUGGUCUGAGGAAGAUCAGGAGCUCAUAAUCCCAUGCCUUGCACUGGUGAGAGCAUCUAAAGCCUGCCUGAAGAAAAUCCGGAUCCUAGUGGCAGAGAAUGGCAAGAAGGAUCAAGUGGCCCAGCUAGAUGACAUUGUGGACAUUUCCGAGGAAAUCAGCCCCAGUGUGGAUGAUUUGGCUCUAAGCGUAUAUCCGCCCAUGUGCCAUUUGACCGUGCGAAUCAACUCUGCGAAACUUGUAUCUGUUGUAAGGAAGGCACUUGAGGUUACAAAAGCAAGUCAUGUGACCCCUCAGCCAGAAGAUAGUUGGAUCCCUUUACUCAUUAAUGCCGUUGAUCAUUGCAUGAACAAAAUUAAGGAGCUCACGCAGAGUGAAAUUGAACUAUGAGUUUUCAGAUUCAUUCAGAUUCUCCUGUCUCCCUGUCACUGUUGCACCCAGACUCUGAUUCUGCUUUUAAAAGUAGACCUAGUGGCCGGGUGUUGUGGCGCACACCUGUAAUCCCAGCACUUGGGAGGCCAAGACAGGAGGAUCACUGUGAGUUCAAGGCCAACCAGAA